ACAGUCAGAAAAAGCAUCCUAUACUCGGUCAGACGGUCAGUGUCAGUGAAGCAAAGUUUUUCUCCUUGCUCCAAACAAUCGAAAAUUUCCUUGGAAAAAUCUGCAAUUUUCCCAUGAAAAGUGAACCAUGACCAACGUGACGGUGGUGUUCGAGUACGAAGAACCGGAAUAUUGUCGACUGUGCCUGGCGGAGCCCACCAAACACAAUGAACUGACGACCAUUGGACGAGCUUCUGGCAGCGAAGUCCACAAAGACAUCAUCCCAAUCAUACGGGAGCUUUUGAUGAUACAGCUUGAUCCGGAAAAGGACUCGGCUUCGUUCAUCUGUUCGACAUGUCUGGAGAGUCUGGUGGAAUUUCACCAGUACAAAUCCCGCUGCCAGACGAAUAACGAUGCCCUGCAGAAGAAAGCCACCGACCGGAAGAAAAAGCAGAUCGAGCUGGCUAAGAGUGCCAUCCAGAGCACGGAUGUCCUGGACCAGGUCAGGGACGGCGACCCGAUAAAGGUGAUUAUACGGAUGAACGCCGAAGGGAAGGCUUCCGUAAGCUUACAGGUCCAGUCGAAGCAGCCAGUAGUUGAGAUACCCAAAAGCGUUGAGGCGCCGUCCCCAGCGGUCACUCGGCCAAUUGUUGCUGCAUCUAAAGCAGUUUCAGCCCCCGCAAAACCGAAGAAGCUCCCCAAGCAGGAGUUCUACUUCUAUAAGACGCUUAACUCCAAUUGCGGGCUCAUCUACGGCGGAUUCCGGUACUGCGCAUCGAUUCCCCGCUGGAACGGAACGCACUGGAUCUGUGAACAGCGCAGGAGCCACAACUGCAAGGCGUUGAUCUACGUGGACGUGACGUACAGCGCAUUCUAUCUACAUUCCGAACAUGAUCACGAUCCACCGCUGGUGAGGCCGAACUUCAGCAUCUACAAAGCGGCGGAUGUGCUGAGCAAGGUGAUCGAGAAGGAGAAGCAAAUCCGAAUAGCUCGGCAGGCCACAAAGGAAAACAGCAAAAACGAUGUCGAUCCAACGGGGGCCCGAGCUCUGGACGAGGCUCUAUCGUCCAGGGAUAUGCGAAUCAAGGAAGAAUCUGACUCCGAUCUGGAUAGUGAUGAAGAGGAUGACGAAAUGGACUCCAACGAUGGCUCAUCUGUGUUGGCCGAUUCCAAAACUGUGGAUGUUGAAAUGCUGCCAGUUGUAAAGGUUAAGGAAGAACCUCAUACAGCUACAGCGCCUCCGGUACCGCCCGCGAAACGUAUUAAAAUAAACGCUGGAGAUAACACCUACUUUAUUAAGGAACUAACAUAAGCUAGAGACGGUCAUUCUGACCCAAUCACAUUACAUAAAGCCCAUGGUACUCUCUUAUUAUUAA